UAAAAGAAGAAGAAGAAGAAGAAGAGCUACCACACAACACCACUGCACCACCUUUGAAGCUUCCCUUGUGUGUGGUGCUCGUAUGUGAUGCUGGGGACUCAAACCUGGGUCCUUGCACACGGUAGCAUAUACACUCUAGUAGGCAAAAGCAACAACAAUAAAGGAAGCCCUAGCCCGGUGGGAAGAGAAAAGCGGUCAGAAGCCAUCUGAAGCCAAAGAAAUAAAACUUUAUGCCCAGAUCCCCCCCAUAGAGAAGAUGGAUGCAUCUUUGUCCACACUUGCUAACUGCGAGAAGCUUUCAUUGUCUACAAACUGCAUUGAAAAAAUUGCCAACCUGAAUGGCUUAAAAAACUUGAGAAUAUUGUCUUUAGGAAGGAACAACAUAAAGAACUUAAAUGGACUGGAAGCGGUAGGGGACACCUUAGAAGAGCUGUGGGUCUCUUACAAUUUUAUCGAGAAGUUGAAAGGGAUUCAUGUAAUGAAGAAACUGAAGAUUCUCUACAUGUCUAAUAACCUGGUAAAAGAAUGGGCUGAAUUUCUGAAGCUGGCAGAAUUGCCGUGCCUGGAAGACCUGGUGUUUGUAGGCAAUCCCUUGGAAGAGAAGCAUUCUGCUGAAGGGAGUUGGAUUGAAGAGGCCACCAAGAGAGUACCGAAGCUGAAAAAGUUGGAUGGUACUCCAGUAAUUAAGGAGGAUGAGGAAGAAGAUAACUAACAUCAUGUUUCCUACUUUGUAUUAACUUAUUUAAAUGUCAUAUGAACAACAGAUAAGUUUUAUAUAAUUGUCUAUUUUAAAAAUUCUGUGUGCGGCAAAAGGUUGUUAAGACAAAGCAAAUCUCUUAUUUCUUUUUUUUUUUUUCUUAACCUAGUCAAUGGUUCUUCCCCUACCCACUGAUACUUUAUAUAUUCUAGUUCUCUUUUUAGAAAUUACAAAUUUUCAGUCUUUGUUCCAGUUAAGUACUGUGUGGUCCUAUCUGCUGAACCCUUUAGAGACUUGUUAGCAACAACAGGAACAAAGGUGGCUCUUUAGUUUUUUUUUUUUAAGGCUAGGCAUUUGAAUACAUACAGUUAACUUCUGUAUCUGUGUAUCAUCUUUGCUGGAGGUCUAUCUUGUUAUGACUCAGAAGCACAGAUGUGUCAUGUCUUUGGUUCAGAAGACAGUGUGGUGGUGGGAAGAAAUCUUUUUAGAAAUGCAACGUCAGCCCAAGAACGAGGACUCCAGGUUCAAAUAGGAAAACCGAUGUUGGAAAAAAAACAAACCAGAAAAAGUAAUGCCGUGUAGACCUUCUAGCCUAUAUAGAUUUAUUUUUCAGAAACAUGUACAAUGCCAGCUAGAAUUUAGAUUGUGUCUUACAAGCAUGACCACUGAGUGAGUCAUUCAGUGAUUGAGUCCGUGGUUAAUAUGAGUUCUGUGAUCAUUCCUUUUACCUGUUUGUUCCAUGGACAUGCUACUCAUGUAGAUCUGGUCUCACGCACACUUUGUGGCUCAUGGUCCUUAUCUGUUCUAUUUGAAUCCCUCGGCUUAGUGUUGCUCAUUCAUGGAUAUGCAGAUUUGCCCUUGUAAGUUUGUUCUGCUGACCCUCAUGUUGGGGGAAGUGGUUGUUAUAAAGGUAUAGAAUUUAAGGACCAGAUUUGGUAUCUGUCAAGAAGAGAAAGUAUUUAAAACUAUUUUUACAGAAGUUCUAAGUUAAACAGCUCUUAAAAUGAAUUUUAUAAGUGAUUAUUGAGGGAAAAGAGAUGUCUUGUUAUGGGAUCCCAAGCAAAUGGCAAUAUUUUUGAGGAUUUUCUUCUCUGUGAAGCAUUGUAGGUGAUUUAUUGCAAAGCAAUAGUUGGAUGCAGAGCUUAGAAUUUAUCAUAGAAGGAAAAGAAAUCCAUAGCAGGCCCUGACAGAAUUGCUGACAGAUUGUGGGAAAGAAGUCAGAGGUCCUAUGCCAGAUUGUGCCUAACGCCAUUCAGCCAGAUACAGUGGGUAAUUUACUUCCCCAUUUACCCGACUAGAAUCAGUCAGAGAGGAGAAUCAUUUCCUACAAGUGAUUGCAUAAGCAGCCUCGGAUUUCAGAAAUUUUUUGCUAUCAUUUCGAUAGGAAUUCCACAAUUUCUCCUGGUCACUCUGAUCAAAAGGGACCACUGCUUCGACAAUCAGUUCUAAAUAUGAACAAGAGAGAAGAUUAGACCAACACCUUUUUAGCUUCCUUUUAGCUCUUAGUAUCUAGGAGGAAGAAAUCUUUACUCUGAUUGGUUUAUAUGUUCAAUGCUUUGGGGUAUUUCUUUGGUGAACAGUAGGCAAGAAGCCUUCAUUCCUCUCGGUAAUAUUUAAGUCCUGGCAGCUGAUAGGGGAAGGUGGCCUUGUAGUUUGUAUGUUAUCGAGUAGGCAAGCUGGGGGCCCUAUUGCAGUGUAUGGAUGUAUUUGCUGAAAGCAACCUAGAAGUGAAUAAUAGGGAAUGGAUAACUUCAUACUGGAUUUACUUGUCAAAUGGCUUAUUAUGUUCGUGUUUCUAACAUUUUUUUUUUUUUUUUUUGCCUCGGUGUUAUGGCUGGGGCUCUGUGCCAGCACUACGAAUCCACUGCUUCUGGCAGACACUUUUUUCCCUUUUUUUUUUUUUUUAAUUCAAUAGGACAGAGAGAAAUUGAAAGAGGAGGGGGAGAGAGAGAGACACCUGCAGACCUGCUUCACCGCCUGGGAAGUGUCCCUGCUGCAGGUGGGGGGCAGGGGCUCGACUCGGAUCCUUGUGCGGGUCUUUGUGCUGAGUACUGUGUGUGCUGAGUACUGUGUGCUGAGUACUGUGUGUGCUGAGUACUGUGUGUGCUGAACCGGAUGCGUCACCACUGGUCCCUAGUGUUAGUUUUUCUGAACAGUUCUGUAGUUCUCUGAUGUAGAAAGCAAUCUAUUUCUCUUUGUUUCCUAAUCAGAUAGGUUUUCAGAGGAAUGUAAGAUGCUUUUCUGGAUCCAUUUCACUCAAGAUUCACACUUAGUUCCUUCCACUCAACAAGUAUCAGAAUGACUUCUCUGCAUCUUUCUUGUGGAAUUAGAAUCAGAAUCCAUGCCAUUGUCAAGUGGCGGACAGGAUAUGUGAAGAAGUUCAGAAGUCUCUUAACUUACUCCUUGAAUCAUCCUUUACUGCUGUAAAUUUAGCUGAUAUAAAUGCCUUUGAUAUA